GAAACCAAUAUGGCAGCCUCCAGUCGAAGGUUAUCGUAUUGUCUGUUAAAAUCAAAUUACACAGCACUACUGAGACAAGUUUCGUUUCAUAAACCACGAUGUACGCGCUGUCUCUCAAGUGCCAUUACAACAGAAACCGGAAAAGAUGACAAAGACCCCUUCGUUCUGUUCAGAUCCCAAGAAGUGCAGCGUAUAUUGAAGAAAAUAACUGGACUGAAUGUUGAAAAAGUUUCUCAUAUGGUAUCAUCUACUUUAAAAAAACCAACCUACAAAUUAUUAACAGAGGAAGAAACACAAGAGGCAGAGGAAAAGGCUAAAAAGGAAGCUGAAUGGAAACUUCAAAUGCCUCCAUUUAUGUUGCCUAGGAAACCUAUACACGAUAUAUUAUCUAAAGACCCAGAUUUAGAGGGAUUUGAUUCCAGUAAAUAUGUCUUCACUGAUAUUUCUUUUGGUUUAUCAAACAAGGAACGUUUAAUAGUUGUUCGUGAUACAGACGGAACAUUGCGGAAAGCUGAUUGGGAUGAAAGAGACCGUGUUAAUCAAGUCUACAAUCCCACUACAGGUCAAGUGUAUAUGGCACCUAAGAUGUUUGAUGAUGAACAUUUAGAGAGGGUAUUAAAUGAUGAUAAAUAUAUCUAUAUGUUAGACAGAGCUUGUGUUCAAUUUGAACCAGACAAUCCAGAUUAUAUCAGAGUAACACAUAAAACAUAUGAACAUAUAAACAAAAAUAGAAACUUUGAUGUGUUGAGAUCGACCAGACAUUUUGGACCGAUGACGUUUUACCUGACGUGGAAUAAGAAGAUAGAUUUAUUGUUAGUAGAUAUGAUACACCAAGGAUUAAUGGAUGAUUGUAUUGAUGUUGUUAAUUUAUAUGUAAUACUUCAUCCUUCAAGUAAAACAGCGAUAAAUAUGGAAGAUAAACAGGAUAUAGAACGUGUGAAGACAUAUUGUCAGAAUGAUGCCGAGAAUAAAGCAGAAUUAGAAUUAUCUAUUCAAGCUUUCGAGGAUUCAUUGAGAGGAAAAUCAAAACAAACUGCAUAAACUUUGUUUUCUCAUAUUGGUCAAAAUAAUCAUAAUGUGACUAAUUCAGCCAUAUUUAUCAGUGAAUUAGUUUGUGUGGAUAACUAGUAUACAUCUCAUUGUAUAGAUUUUAGGAUCUAAAGAUCCAGAUAGAAAUCAACAGUGGCAUAGAUUUGAGGAUCUAAAGAUUAAGAUAGAAAUCUAAUUGGAGAAGAUAUCAAGAGUUACUUAUUAAGGGGGAGGGGUGGGGGAAAACAAAUUGUUAGUGUGAUAAAUGUCAUACCUAGAUAAGGAAAGGAAUACAAACUGUCAGCAGUGUGGUGUGUAUGGGACAGAACGUGUGAACUUCCAGCCAGUGUGCAAAUGUUUGCUUCAAUAUUAAUACACUUAUGCCAAAUAAUUCCUUCUUUGAUUGCAUAAUUUGAAUUUGAACCCAAUAAAGUCGCAGUUAAUAUAAUUAUUAUAUUUUCACAAAACAAUGUGCUCAACUUAAAAGACACUAGUAAUCAUCUCUAUGGAAGGGCACCUGUUUGAAUUACAGCCCAUGCAACCAUAAUCUGGCCAUGGCUAUCCAAGUCUCAAUAAAGCUCAUUACAGAUAAAAUUGAAGUUAGGCCUUAUAAAUAAAGUGUUGUAUGUGUAAUUGAAGUUAGGCCUGAUAAAUAGUGUAAUAGUAACAUCAUUAAAAGAAUACAAUUUUCUUAUGAUACCACCCAAAGCUUAUUUCUCAUUUGUUUCUGAUCUUGGAAGAAUCCUCGUUAAUAGCCUAUAGAGUGUGAUAAAAUAAAUGCAUAUAAACUUGAAUCAUAAGGUAUAAUGUAUAUUAAUUACAUAAAUCAUAUGUUCUUAUGUAUAUUAAUUACGGUUGGUAUCUAAUAAAGAAGUUCUCUUGUUUCAUUAUAAACCAGUUUUACAUUCUGUACUUAAAUAAGUACUUUGCAAAAAGAAAUGUAUGUACAAGAAUCAUUUAAUUAGUGCUAAUGAUAACCAAUGUUAAAUAUUACACAUGCAUUGUUUUAGAAGUCAAAAUAUCCAUGUAUAUUUAUGUAGACCUGUAUAAAAAUUACUGUCAUUCUUA